AUGAAUUUCGCACACAACUCUGCAAUGAAAGCACCAACACCACCCGAUAAGGGUAGUUUCCCUUUGGAUCACGAUAAAGAAUGUACAGAGCCGAUGAAUGCAUAUUUGAAAUGUCUGGCAGAGAAUAAGAAUCAAUCUAGACAAUGCGCAGAGUUAUCAAAGUUUUAUUUACAAUGUAGAAUGGAUAAAGGUUUAAUGGCAAGAGAAGAAAUCGAAAAUUUUGGUUACGAAGAAAUUCAAAAGAGUAAAAUUGUUGAACCACCUCAAAACUCAAGAGAACCAAUCAUUGCCGGACUAAGGAGAUCAAACAAUAACAAAUAA